ACCUUGUUCUCUUGACAUUUGACAAGCGAAUUGACAUUUACUCAUUAAGGAGCAAAGUUUUUUUCGGCUGCAUAGAAAAAUACGUGUUUUAUCAAUAAAUUAAAAGAAAAACUAUUCGGAAAUCAUGACUUUGUACAAAUUCAGUGAAUUGGCCUAUGCCAAAAUGAUUUUCCAUGCUGCCAAGUAUCCACAUCUGGCUGUAAACGGUGUUCUGCUGUCCUCCAAAACAGAAGGUGAGAUCGUGGAUGCCAUUCCCCUCUUUCAUCAGUGUUUGUACGUUACCCCUAUGGCCGAAAUAGCCCUAAUGCAGAUUGAUUCAUAUUGUGAACGUGAAAAUCUGGUGGUCUCUGGUUACUACUGUGCUGCCGAGAAUUUCUACGACAACACUCUGGAUAAAGCUCCUGCUGCCAAAAUUGCUGAUAAAAUUCAAGAAAAUUAUAAAAGUGCCUGCUUCGUGAUGAUCGACAAUAAGUUGAUGACACUGGGUCAGGAAGUGCCACCAUUAAAGGUUUACUCGUGCACCUCGGAAGCUGGCCGUUGGGCACGUGCUGAAUAUAAAUUGGUACAAUCGGAAGCCACCUUGGAAGCUGUGGCAGCUUUGCUAAAACGUGGAGCCAUGAAGGAUGUUGUCGACUUUGACAAUCAUUUGGAUAAUCCGGAAAAUGAUUGGACGAAUAAGUUUAUGAGCUGCGGUCUGAAACAGAUAAUGGCAAUGUAUUGAGUAGUUUUAUACUCGCAGAACAAUAUUAGAAUUUUUUGUUUUUUAAUUUUCUUUCGUGUCUUAGCUUUAAGGGUGCAAUUUAAUAGAAUAAAAUUUCCAAAGCAUGGGUAUUUAUGAACAGAA